UCGUGUUUACAUCGUGUUUACACUGUUACUUCCUGCUCCGUGACUCUAAGCUAACGGCUAGCAGCUAACGGCUAACAGCUAACAGCUAACAGUGUAACUUGUAGUUUUAUGAGUUUUAUGAGUUUUAUGAGUUUGUCGUUCAGAGCCAACCCGUUAAACCGUUUGUGUGACGUCAUCCCGAGACACGUGACAAACAGACUGAUGUCCAACAAACACAAAGCGGCGAAAGGUAAAGCGGCUGCAGGCAGAGCAGCAGAAGAAGAAGCUUCCUGUCCGGUGUCCCGAGACAAACGUGGAGCCGUGACCAUCACGGUGCACGCCAAGCCCGGCUCCAAACACAGCGGGGUCACAGAGGUUUCUGCAGAGGCGGUGGGAGUCGCCAUCGCAGCGCCUCCGACGGACGGAGAGGCCAACACCGAGCUGAUCCGCUUCCUGGCUGAAGUUCUGGACCUGAAGAAGAGUCACUUAUCUCUCAACAAGGGCUCCCGGUCCAGAGACAAACUGAUCAGCGUGGACUCCUCUCUCAGUCCGGAGGAGGUGUUGAGGAGGCUCAGAGAGGCUGCAGGCUGACUGGAGGAGGAGGAGGAGGAGGAGGAGGCUGAAACAAGCUGCAGAAC